UUAUCAUUUGUCUAUACCUUCUGUUCCUCUCUAUUGUUCAAUUCUCAAAGUCAAAGGAUACAAUUUUUCUGAUCUCUGCGUCCCAUACACCGCUAUGGCUUCAAGCAACGGUGCAGUAAUCGUGAUCAUGGGUGUCAGCGGAGCUGGAAAAACGUUUUUUCUCAAUCUUCUACUUGCAAAUAGAUGAUCCUUCAUUGAGGUUGGGUUUCUUGGGGAUCGGAUAGGAAGGGAAUGCAACAAACUAGAAGGAACUUAGAGGCUAUAGAAUCUGUUGGCACCUCGAGUAAUCUUUGAUUAGAAAAUCGUUACGUUUGUUAUCCCGGCCGACUGACAGGCUACAGAGACCCAAAUUUAUUUGAACCAAGAGAACCUAUUGCACAAAAUUGAAUACAAGUACUCUCUCUAUGUCUUUAGUAAUUUUGGUUAAAUAACAAUCCUGAUUUUUGAAUACCCAAAUACUAUAGAUAACCCAGACAUACAUCUGAUUUUUUCAGUGUAUUUUUUCAGACAAUCCUGAUUUCACUCUCGUUUUAAUUCGGAUGUAGGGGUGUCUGGAUAAUAUUUUCCUUAAAAUAACUAACUGAUUCAGAAAAAGAAAAAAAAAAACUAACUGAUUCAGUGUAUGGAUUUGUUUGUUCUUUUUAAACCAGUUCUAAGAAUUUUUUUUGAGAUUUUAUAAUCUAAAAAUGUGAGUUUUUGUGUGAAAAUCAAGCAAAAUCAAACAUACUUUGCUUUUAAUACCCGUUCUGAAUGUUACCCCUGGAGGAUAUAUGUGGUACUAGACAAAAAAAAAACAUACUAGACCCUGAUUUGUUAAGAUUUUUCUCAGAAAAACUUAGCUGUUGGAUAAUUUUAAACAGCACAAUAGGUCGAAGGCUGGAAAAAGAGACAGGAUAUAAGUUUCUUGAUGCUGAUGAUUUUCAUUCUCAAUCAAACAAAGAAAAGAUGCGCAUUGGAAUCCCACUUACAGAUGAGGACCGGAUGCCGUGGCUUGAAUCGCUGCGAGAUGCCAUUAGAAAACACUUAAUUAACAAAACAGGUGUGGUUCUUGGUUGCUCUGCUUUGAAGAAGGAAUAUAGAGAAAUACUUAGAUCAGCUGAAUCUGAUUAUAAAUGGGGGAGUUAUGCAAGUGCUGUUAACUUCAUUCUAUUGGAUGCUCCAGCUGAGGUGCUAAGUGUUCGGUUAAAUAAGAGAGCUGCAGAAGGAAAACAUUAUAUGCCUGCUUCUCUUCUGCAAUCUCAGAUAGAUUUGCUUAGUGUUGAUGAGUCUGAGGGAAUACUUAGAGUUGAUGCUACUCUUCGUCCUCAAUCUAUUAUCGACAACAUUAAAAAAAUGCACCAGUUUCAGGGCUGUUUUCAACCAUGAUUGUGUUGAGCCUCAUCAGUAAAGUGGAUCACCAACUCAGGUUAAUUUGAACUGUUGUUGUACACACAAAAAGGAAGAAAAUGAUGAUACAAAAAAAAGAGGACUAGUUCGAUUCAUGUACUUCAAUUUCUUUCCUUUUAUAUUUUUCUUUUUUCUUGUGUUUUUGACAUGACUACCUCAUUCUAUGAGGAUAAAACUAAUCUCGAUUGGAUACCACUAUUACAUUACAUAUCCUACCAACAGAUGACUUUUCCGCAA